AUGGGCAACAGAAAGAUUUCAGCUGAUUUGAAGUUUGCAGCUAUUCGCCUGCAUGAACAAGGGAUUCUUAGACUCAGCAAGAUCCUCGACUGUGUUGGCUUCUCCCGCAUGACAUUCUAUAGAAUCAAGAAGCUCCACAAUGACACUGGUAACAUUGUCAAGCCAAGGAGCCAAUACACUGGUCGUCCAUGCAUUUUCAAUCUCGAAGACCUCCAUUACCUUCUAGAACUUAUCCAUCACCAGCUUGCACGGGCUGGCAUCUCACUCAAAAAACUCCGCAAGAUUGCUAAGGAGUGCAACGAAGAUGUUCAUGCAGACUUCAAGCGACGGGUGGCGCAGUAUACACCAGAUCAACUGUUGUUCAUUGAUGAGACAUCGAAAGAUGAACACACACAAAUUCGGAGGUAUGGACGAGCAAAGAGGAGCCGAUAUGCAAGCAUGAAGGGAUCUUUGCGUCGCAAUGGGUACCUUCACUUCCUCAAACAUUCUGUUGUGAGUCGGGACUCAUCACACUUGACUUUUUUCGUCAAUUCAUGCCUAUGUUACAUGGUAUCUAUGUACUCAGUGAUGCUGACUCAGAGCAGGUGUACAAAUCAUAUUUUUACCUCCCUACUCCCCUGA